AUGAAACGACUGACGAUACCUCAGGUGGGCAAGAAGAAGCUCAAGGCCAUCAGUCGCGCCCUCCGCAAUGUCGAAUCGACCCCACGCCUCCGCCGCCGCGGCACCCAGAUCCUGCCCUCGCCCUUCGACGCCGCGCCCAAGUACACGUACCUCAACCGCGACCAGACGGGCAGCGCCAGAGACCCCGAGGACCUGAGGGCGCUUGCUAUCACGAACAGCCGCAGCCAGCACAGCCUGCGCCAGAGAGCGAACAGCAACCAGAGUGGCCGCACGCCCGAAGAAGAGCCAUUGGCACAGAGCGAGACGAACCGCCGAGACUGGGCACACAACUACGGCAGUUUUGAGGGAAGCACAUCGGAUGGCACCACCAAGACCGGCACCUCUGCAGACAAGGCCAAGGCACCGCCGUCCUUGAAGCUGCCUGGGGCUGCGCUCGACCCUGAGAACCCUUCUCCGCAAGGAGGAGCGGCGUCUGGCGCAUCGCUGCGAAAGCAGAAGACAGUCACGCUUCCUCCGCCAGCAGAGAACGACAACGACAAUGCUUUCGAGGUUGGCAAGACGGUGUCGCCCCACAAGCAUCACAACUCGCUGCCCAAUAGAUACAAGAGCGUCUUCACCCCCAAGCGCAUGAACUCGCUGCCCGGCCCCAUCACUGAGCACAAGUCGCGCCCAUCGGUACGCCGCCUGUUCUCACUGAGCAGCAAGACUCCCCCAGACAGUCCGGGCGACGUCCCCCUCGAAGCCUAUCGCGACCUUGACUUCCGACAAGCCGAGUUCUUCAACUUCCUCGAUGGCGAGCUGGAUAAGAUCGAGUCGUUCUACAAGCACAAGGAAGACGAGGCUACCAAGCGUCUGAACGUGCUACGCGACCAACUCCACAUUAUGCGAGACCGACGUAUCGACGAGGUCAUCAAGCGUCAGACGGACAAGAUCAAUGCGAAGGCCCACAAGAAACACGACGGGCAUCAUGUGCUGAGCAACGGUCAGAACAGCAGCUCGGGCGACGAAAAUCAGCAGGCCAACGGGAACGGGAAUAUGGGAAACACUCUCAAGGACACUUUUCUAAACCCCAUAGACGCCGCGUUGGACGCCAUUAACGCGGGCAAGUACGGGAAGAGCACCAAGAACAUAACACAGCUUGCGACCCCAGCGGCUCUUCAGCCCAAGGACCAUCCCGAUAGCCGUCGCGACUUUGCUAGACGGCCAGAUCUGCCCGACGUGCCAUACCAGACAGCGAAGCGCAAGCUCAAGGUGGCACUGCAGGAGUACUACAGAGGGCUUGAGCUUCUCAAGUCCUACGCGUUAUUGAACCGGACUGCCUUCCGGAAAAUCAACAAGAAGUAUGACAAGACUGUCAAUGCGCGACCGUCAUCGCGGUACAUGAACGAAAAGGUCAACCAAGCCUGGUUCGUGAACAGCGAUGUCAUUGAAGGGCACAUUCGAGCAACGGAAGACCUAUACGCGAGGUACUUCGAGAAGGGCAACCACAAAGUCGCCAUCGGGAAGCUACGCAUCAAGAUCGCACGAGCAGGCGAUUACACAGACAACACAUUCCGCAACGGUCUGCUAUUGUCGGCGGGUGUCAUACUUGGCAUCCAAGGUCUCAUCAAAGCAAACACUAUCGCAGAUUUGCACAAUACUGACGGGAACGAGUUCGCAGUAAACACGAGCUAUCUGUUGCAGAUAUAUGCCGGCUACUUCCUCAUCAACUUCCUUCUUCUCCUAUUCACUCUGGCGUGUCGAACCUGGCACGAGCACAAGAUCAAUUACGUCUUCAUCUUCGAAUAUGAUACCCGCCACCACUUGGACUGGAGGCAACUUGCGGAGUGGCGCCUGUUGCUCGCUGGUAUAUACCCUGUCGAAUGGCGAGACUUCUACUUGGGCGAUAUGUUCUGUUCUCUGACCUACAGCAUGAGUGGCAUCGCACUGUUCUUCUGUCUCUACGCGCACGGCUGGGACAAUCCCAACCAAUGCAACUCGUCUCACCUACGCGUUACCGGUGUUAUGACGACGUUGCCGGGUAUAUGGCGAUUGAUGCAAUGUCUACGACGUUACAAAGACACUGGAAACAAGUUCCCUCAUCUGCUGAACGGCGGAAAGUACAUCGCAACCAUCCUGUUCUAUGUCUCCACCAGCAUCUACCGCAUGGACCAAAAACCGUCCACCAAGGCAGUCUUCAUACUGUUCGCAGCCAUCAACGGCAUCUACACGAGCUUCUGGGACAUCUACUACGACUGGAGUCUCGGUGACCCACAUGCCAAGCAUCCCUUCCUGCGUAAGGAGCUGGGAUACAAGAAAGUGUGGUGGUACUACACUGCUAUGUGCAUUGAUCCGAUCUUGCGGAACAAUUGGGUUAUGUACCUGGUCACGCCCCUGCAGCUUCAGCACUCGGCGACUACCUCAUUCUGUGUCUCACUCAGUGAGAUCUUCAGAAGAGGCAUGUGGUCCGUAUUCCGUGUCGAGAACGAGCACUGUACGAACGUCGGUCGAUUCCGCGCAAGCAGAGAUGUACCACUGCCGUACUACCUCCCCUUGGACGCAGAAGAGGAAGAGGACCAUACCUCUGGCAUCCCUCGAGCACCUACCCUCAUCGACGAAGAACAGCCCGACGAGGCUCGUCCCUACACUCCAACCGAGAACAAUAACCAAGUCCGUCGCCCAGCUACAGCUUCAGGAGCAGAUCUCGAACACUCCCAGUCAAAUACGCGCAAGCGCCGCGGCCCUCAAGACGACUUCCGUCCUUCUCCUCUCCAGCGCGCGUUCACUCAUGUCGGCGAAAUCUUCCGCGACGCCCACGCUGAGGACUUUGAACGCAAGACGAAACCUGAGCUUGGCCGCGAUCCUCGCGAAUCGAAUAAAGCCGAUGACGACGACACGGAUGAUGAUUCGGAUAACGAGGACGAGCAGGAGCAGGAGGCGUUGGUCAACGCCGAUGGCAGCGAUGGCUCGGAUAGUAGACAUAGCAUUGCUGAAGUUGAAGUCGACGAUGAAGUGGCGGAUGAAGAGGAGCAGAGUGCGUUGUCGAGAAUACGCGAGGACUUCAAUAUUGGAGUUACUGGGGCGCGCAGUGAUCAUACGCAUCAGAAGUAG